UUUUAGGAAGACUCACUAGCCGCUAUAACAUUUAUUUUAUGAGCUUAAAUCGUGUCUAAACCAUUUUUGUCAACCAUGCACGGACUCGUUCACGUCCCCGGACCGAAAUGGUGAAAGCACAAGGAAAAGGGGCGUGUUUGUUUCUUUGCCAGACUCAGUGAUGGUGGAACCACAGACAGGCCAAACUCUCCUGACAAAAGCCCAAAAUGGAGGCCUGUCCUAUGGGCCACAGAGUGAUAGGGACCCGAGGCUCCUGGAGAGGGGACAGUGGGGCAGUAAGGCUGAGUUUCUGUUGGCCGUUGCGGGGCAAAUCAUCGGCCUGGGUAACGUGUGGAGGUUCCCCUAUCUCUGCUACAAGAACGGAGGAGGCGUGUUCUUUGUGCCGUACCUCCUGUUUCUGGUGCUGUGUGGAAUCCCGCUCUUCCUUCUCGAGACGUCCCUGGGACAGUUCACUAGUCUGGGAGGAGUUAGCGCCUGGAGGUCUAUCUGCCCCCUCUUUGGAGGUCUGGGUUAUGCAUCUCAGGUUAUGAUCCUCCAUGGCGCUGUGUAUUACGUCAUUAUUUUGGCCUGGGCUCUGUUCUAUUUGGGCCACAGUUUUCAGAGCGACCUCCCCUGGGCCCACUGCAACAACUCCUGGAACACUGCCUCCUGUUUCAUUUUCGACCAGGCAAACCACUCUGCCAAUUGGACCAACAUGCCAGACAACACCACUUCCCCUGUUAUGGAGUUCUGGGAGCGAGAGGUUUUACAUCUGUCUGAUAACUUGGACAGUCUGGGCCCCGUGAGCUGGAAACUGGCCCUUUGCCUUCUCGUGGUGUGGGUCGUGUGCUACUUCUGUGUCUGGAAAGGAGUCAAGUCUACAGGGAAGGUGGUGUACCUCACAGCUACGUUCCCGUACCUGAUGCUGUUUGUGCUACUGAUCCGAGGAGCCACUCUCCCUGGAGCCACUCAAGGAAUCAUCUACUACCUCAAACCCAAUGUCACCAGACUCGCUGAUCCACAGGUUUGGAUGGACGCAGGCACUCAGAUCUUCUUCUCUUAUGGCAUCUGUUUGGGCAGCCUCACUGCUCUGGGCAGCUACAACAAGUACAACAACGACUGCUACAAAGACUCGUUCAAACUGUGCCUUCUGAACAGCAGCACCAGUUUCUUGGCUGGAUUUGCAAUUUUCUCUGUACUUGGGUUUAUGGCCCAAGAACAAGGAGUUGACAUCUCGACUGUGGCACAGUCAGGUCCAGGCCUGGCGUUCAUUGCAUACCCUCGCGCUGUGGCCAUGAUGCCUUUCCCUCAGCUCUGGUCCGUCUGCUUCUUCCUCAUGAUCAUCAUGCUGGGACUGGACACACAGUUCGUGAGCUUAGAGGCCCUGAUGACUUCAGUGACAGACCUGUACCCUCAGCAGAUCCGUAGGGGGCACCGUCGAGAGCUGCUUCUCUUGGCAGUGUGUGUGGUGUGUCUGCUAAUCGGCCUCGUCAUGGUAACACCGGGAGGACUGUACGUGUUCCAGAUCUACGACCACUUUUCCUGCAGUGGGGCCAGUCUCCUGCUCCUUUCCAUUUGUCAGUCUGUGGCCAUCGGAUGGGUCUAUGGAGCCCAGCGUUUCUGUGGUAACAUUCAAGACAUGAUCGGCUACAGUCCAAUAAGGAUAUUCAGCCUGUGCUGGAAGUACUUUACUCCAACCGUGUGCACCGCGACAUUCAUGUUCUCUCUGGUCCGUUGGUCUCCUCUGGUUCUGGGCCAUGGUUUGGUGGCUCCUCCGUGGGCCUCUGCUUUGGGCUGGAUCCUCACCUUCUCCUCUGUGUCUCUGCUACCCUUGUGGGCCAUAUACGCUCUGCUCUCGUCACCUGGGACUCUACGACAGCGCUUCCAGUAUCUGUGUAAGCCGUCUCCAGAGCUCCAGAUGCCCUCCCACAGCCCCCCCACCUACAGCCUGGCCCUGAGCGAAAAGGGCCCCUCCCUAAAACAGAACGGUGCUGUGCAAACUUAAACAACACACUUGCUCCUCUUUAUGUUCUCUUAAGUAUAUUUACAUGUCACUAUCCUGCACUGCAAAAACAUGUGAAGACACUCAUUUUUAUCAGUAAUGCACUAGUAAAUAUUCUCUCUCUAAAAGCCUUCAGUCUCCAUGUUUGAACAUUUAUUUGUUUGAUAAUGCACAAUAGAAAUAAAUGUUUGACAAGUUCAUGACCAAAAAAGAGUUAU